AUGGUGAAGGACCGUCGCGAUGGACAUGGCAGCGGACAGAGAGCUUCUAUGGCGAACAUGUUGAGGACUUGCGCAUCAACCCGAACUACCAGGAGCCUGUGGACUCAAGUGGCGCCAAUCUCGGAGCCCAGGUGGCCGCUCCAGCAAAUGCAGGGGAACAUCGAGCCCGUUCUCUGCUUCGGGCUUGGGCUACUGAAACUGCCGACAGACUUCGCAGGAUGGGCCAUCAGUUUUCGGGGCGAGGAGCUCCGAAGAGAGAAGGGCGAAGCGGGCCCACAUGGUGGCCGCGGCCAGGGGAUCCACUUGCAUGCAGCCACCACUGCAGCAAAGUUCCGCAUGGAUGGCCCAAAGGACAACAUGGCCAUCCGCAAGCAUGGCGACGAAGACCUUGCCAUGGAGGUGGCGCAUCGAAAGAUGGUCCCCAACAGCGACAUUACCCUUUGGUGCGUAGGGCUGCAUGAACCUCACAGAGAGUGGGCCUGCCGGUUCUGUAUGAACGACGACGGCACGAUCUCUCCUUGUGACAAGGGCAAUCCCUGCAAGGAUGUGGUCAUUGGCGUGCACUUAGGAGAGGGCUGGAAGCGCACCGGCCUGGUGCUGGUCCACCGCGAGGACACAAAGCGCCGUUUGGUUUUCUUGCAAGGCUCUGAGAACUGUCCUGGAGCGUCGGAGCUUCGGCUGUCUGGGCCCCAAGGCUGCAGGCACGCGUCGCUGACCUCGAUGAGGCCGCUGCGCGGGUGGAUGCCACCCAGGAGCACAGGCUCAUCAUCACCGCGCCGAACCUGUCCUGGAUAG